AUGGCGGCGGCGGCAGCAGCACGAGCAGUUUCUUUGGGACCUGGGCUCUCGGGCCUGCGACCGGCGCUGCCACUUGUAGUGAUUCUCGGGGCCACGGGCACCGGCAAGUCCACCCUGGCGUUGCAGCUCGGCCAGCGGCUCGGUGGCGAGAUCGUCAGUGCUGACUCCAUGCAGGUUUAUGAAGGCCUAGACAUCAUCACCAACAAGGUUUCUGCCCAAGAGCAGAGAAUGUGCCAGCACCACAUGAUCAGCUUUGUGGAUCCUCUUGUGACAAAUUACACCGUGGUGGACUUCAGGAACAAGGCGACUGCUCUGAUUGAAGAUAUAUUUGCCCGAGACAAAAUUCCUAUUGUCGUGGGAGGAACCAAUUAUUACAUUGAGUCUCUGCUCUGGAAAGUUCUUGUCAAUACUAAGCCCCAGGAGAUGGGCACUGCAAACGUGACUGACCGGAAGGCAGAGCUUGAGAAGGAGGAUGGCCAUGCCCUCCACAGACGCCUGCGCCAGGUGGACCCAGAGAUGGCUGCCAGACUGCACCCCCACGACAAGCGCAAAGUGGCCAGGAGCUUGCAAGUGUUUGAAGAAACAGGGAUCACUCAUAGUGAAUUUCUUCACCGUCAACAUGCAGAAGAAGGUGGUAGUCCUCUUGGAGGCCCUCUGAAGUUCCCUAACCCUUGUAUCCUCUGGCUUCAUGCUGAUCAGACAGUUCUAGAUGAGCGCUUGGAUAAGAGGGUGGAUGACAUGCUUGCUGCUGGGCUCUUGGAUGAACUAAGAGAUUUUCACAGACGCUAUAAUGAGAAGAAAGUUGCUGAAAAUAGCCAGGACUAUCAACAUGGUAUCUUCCAAUCAAUUGGCUUCAAGGAAUUUCACGAGUACCUGAUCACUGAGGGAAAAUGCACACCAGAGACUAGUAACCAGCUUCUAAAGAAAGGUAUUGAGGCUCUGAAACAAGUGACGAAGAGAUAUGCCCGGAAGCAGAACCGAUGGGUUAAAAAUCGCUUUUUGAGUAGACCCGGUCCCAGUGUUCCCCCAGUGUAUGGUCUAAAAGUAUCUGAUGUCUCCAAGUGGGAGGAGUCUGUUCUUGAACCUGCUCUUGAAAUCGUGCAAAGUUUCAUCCAGGGCCUUAAACCCGCAGCAGCUCCAAUAAAGAUGUUAUGCAAUGAAACUGAGAACAAGAGAAGUUAUCAUACAUGUGACCUCUGCGAUCGAAUCAUCCUUGGGGACCGAGAAUGGGCAGCACAUAUAAAGUCCAAAUCCCAUGUGUACCAACUGAAGAAAAGAAGAAGACUGGACUCAGAUGCCAUCACCCCCAUAGAAAGUCAGUGUGUUUCCCUAGAUUGUGACAAUGAGCUUAAAGAGAAGGGAUCCCCAGGGCAGAAUGAUGAAGAGCUGAAGUCCAGUGUUUAAAAAACAAGUCCAGUGGCCUUUGGAAAGGUGGCAGGAAUCCAGUUCUGGAAGAAGGGCUGUAUCUGUCUCUCAUUCUGGACUGAGGAGUGCUGUGCAGAAAGCUCCCACCAUUUUCUUCCACUCAGUGGUGUGGUUUAAACUCGUGUUCUCUGUCAUGGAAGCAGCAGAUUUUGUCAACUACUUGUGUGGCUGAUAUGUCUGGUAAUUAGGAAGGGAUUUUUUUUUUUUUUAAUGUUAUAGGAUCCUUUUUUUUUUAAGGCACAGAUUGCCUUUUUACUUGAGGAUCUUUUUUGUGAUAAAUACCAAGAUUCGCUAUAUUCCUUAAAAAACAAGCUUUAUGUCUCAGAAUCUGGCUAAAAAUAGCAAAUUUCUGUACAAUUUUAUAAAGGACUGAAGCAUUGGAAGCCACAAAUCAGGAGUUCUGGAUUUGAGUGAGUGGCAGGAAAGAACCAGCCCUGGUAGGAGAGUAAGAUGACCCAAACCAUUUUUCUUGGAAUUCUGUAGCAAAGGAGAGAAUCAGACCAAGGUAAUUGUGACAUGGGACUUGAAAACUAAAGACUUUGGCAUUUGUUGAUAAUUGUUGUUUGAUAAUUAUUGUCGCUGCUCUCUGUUGAAUUAAGAAUCUAUUUUUAUUGAAAAGUAAAUAAAGAAAAAGUUUGCAAGAGCCUCUGUAGUCCUUAAAUAUG